AUGCAAAAGUUUAUCCUCCUGGGCCUUCUGCCCUCCCUUGCCCUUGCCGGCAGGAUCUCGUCCCCGUUCGUGCUCCGUCGGACCGAUGGCGGUGGUGGAUAUGAUGAGGAGAGCUGCGAGGACUUGGGCAUGCAGGACUGCGGUGGUUGUAUCCCUCUGGACUACACUUGCUGCCCUGCGCAAACCGGCGGUUGCCCACCUGAUCAAAGGUGCGUUGUUGGGGACGAUGGCGAGGAUGGCUGCUGCCCGGAGGGCUACACUUGCACCGGCAACGGCGGCGUGAGCUCGACCACCUUCUCUCUCACCACCUCGACCUCGACCUCGGCCGUCGUUGAGGAGCCGUCCCCGACUCCCACCGGCGGUGCCAACGAGGAAACUCCCCCGGAUUACGGCGAGAUCCCGGGUCCCACGCUCGUCGACCCUAAUCCGGAGGAGACACCCACUCCCACGCCUGAGCCCACUCCUGAGCCCAGCCCCGAGCCCACCAGCUCGGAGGAGGCCGAGACCACCGAGACGACCUCAACCCCCACCUCAUCUCCAGAGGCCGAGAGCUCAACCACCACCGAGGACGCCGCCGAAUCCACCACCACCGAGUCCGCCAGCGCCAGCGCCAGCGAGACGGCAUCCGAGGAGGCCACGUCAACCACCGCCUCCGAAGACGCGAGCUCCACCUCCGCGGCCGCGUCCACCAUCUCCACCACCACCACCGUAGCGCCGACGCUCUCCGCCAGCAGCACGCUCUCCUUCUCCAACGGCACCUUCACAACCGCCUCCACCACCGCCUACACGACCUCAACCGUCUACACAACCACCACCCGAACCAUCACCUCCUGCCCGCCCUCCCACCCCUGCCAAUCCGGCACGGUCGUCACCGAAACCAUCGCCGUCUCCACCACCAUCUGCCCCGUGGUCGAGAACCCGCCCCUCCCCACCCCCACCAACACCCCCGCCACCAUCAUCAACGGCGGCGACAGCACCACCACCACCGUCGCCCCCGUCAACACGCCCGUGGUCGUCUGCCCCGGCAACGGCCAGGCCUGCAGCCCCGUCGACAACGACAACAACGGCGGUGACUCCGACAACGAGACGCCCUCGGCCAGCAGCAGCAGCGUCGCCACGCCGCCGUCGUACACGCACGGCGGCGCCCACCCCACCGGGUCGGUGCCCAAGCCGCCCAUGACGACUGGCCAUGUGCCUGUGACGGCGGGGGCGGCGCGGGUGGGCCAGGCGGUGAGCGGGGUGGUGGUGGUGUUGGGGUUUGCGGUGGCGUUUUUGUAA